CGCGCGCCGCCGCCUCACUUGUGCGUGAACCGCCGGUGCCGCCGUCCGCGACCCGUAAGCUCCCGCGAAGCCUCGCACGCGCCAGUGCCGCACCGCUCGCCGCGCGAACCGGUCGUGCGUCAUCCCAUACACCGCGACCGCGUAAACACGAAACAUGUUGCAAGAAAUACAACUCGUUCAAGGUCAGACGAACUACGUCGUCGUCUCCUCCGGCUAUCCCUCCGCUACCGUAACCAAAUCGAUGGAGAAGAGGACUGUGCCGAUCGCACCUGCUCCUGAAAAGAAUUACGUGACACACGACACACCGCCGAACCUGCAGUACAGGAAAAAGGUCCACUUCAGAACCAACCCCUACACCGGACCUCAGGCCGCAUCGAUCGCGAGGCGCAACGCUCGCGAGCGUAAUCGUGUGAAGCAAGUUAACGAUGGUUUUAACGCUCUACGCCGUCACCUGCCCGCUUCUGUGGUCGCCGCCCUCUCAGGCGGCGCCAGACGUGGCUCGGGGAAAAAGCUCAGCAAGGUCGACACUUUGAGAAUGGUGGUUGAGUACAUCAGAUAUCUCCAGCAAUUAUUGGAAGAGAGCGAUGCAGCUUUGGGCAUUACGCGUGACCAGGAAAAUAGAGAAAACAUCCCCGCCGGUAACACAUCGCAAGCUAUGACCUCAAUGGAUAUGGACGAUGGUUUUUUCUACAAUAGCAGUUCUCCCUGUUCUGAGAAGCCAGAUUCUCCGGCGCCCUCGGAGUGUUCUUCAGGAGUGUCUUCAGCCUACUCAACAGUCGACCGGUACGAGGUCAACAACCAACAAAACCUCGGGCCGAUGGAUGAGGACGAGCUUUUAGAUGUCAUUUCGUGGUGGCAGCAGAAAUAACAAUAAUGUAUGGCAGCUUUGACAAGUUGUUUCAAAUGGACGAGUCCCUCCGAUAAAUUGUGCAUUAUGUAUUUGUCCUGCAUUUACUGCCAAUAAGUACGAAAAGACUCUUGUAAAUCUAGUCAAACCAGUAGUGCCUUAAAAUAGUUUCUAAGUAAUCGAAAGUGGUUGGAUCGAUAUGACAACUCGGUUUGGUGUUACGAUUAUGUAUACUACCGAUUGUAGAGCGUAAUAUUGUUACCUGUAAGACAAGCCUUUUGAGGCUUUGUAAUAAAUGCAUUUGUAUUAUAUAGUUAAAUAAAACUUAGUCAUAAUGGCAGUCAAUAUUUGUAAAUAGUUUUAGAUUGUAAGACGUCGCUGAGACAAGAAAAUAAAUCACCUAUUUAUUUAU